AUGGUUAACGUCUUCUUAAUUAUUAUUGCUGUUGUUAUACCAGCACUUGUAGUUUUAGCAAGUUUGUAUUUAAUUGCAUAUUUCCAACAUCCAGAUGACAAAAAUGUUGCCUAUUUCCCGAAAAUUAUUGUUAUUUUAGGUUUAACAUUAGCAGCAACAAGUAUUUUAAUGUUACCAUUGGAUGUAGCAAAUGAUGGAGGAAGUGGUGGAUUUCCUAUGGAUAUAUUAUGGAUUAUUAUAUAUAUUGCAGUGGCAGUAUUUGCAGUUGUUAUUUGCCCAUUUGCAAUGUUCUUCUAUGAAUCAGAAGAAGCAGAUCCAGGAGCAGGUAGUCAAAUUGCAGGAGCAUUCAAGGGUACAUUUGCAAUUCUAUUUGCAUUUACAGCAUUAACCAUUGUUUUAUAUGUAUUCUUUGGUGUGGCAGAGAUUCCAACCAUUGUUGUAUUGGGUAGAUUCCAAGUUCUAAACUAUCCAUUCAUGUCAGAUAUUAGUAAUAUAACAUAUGCAUUACCAGAGAUAGCAGCAAUCAUUGGUGGAAAUGACGAGAGGAUCAGAUUCGAUCCUGGAAAUCCAGAUCUUUUAGGAGACGGAUCGGAGUAUGUAGAAUAUCGUUUGGAUAAAGAAUUUUUACAAUUCCGUGUGUCCAUCGCACUUUUCAUCAUCACAAUGGUUGCAUUCUUUGGUUGGUUGUUAUUCAUCAUUUUCGGUGGUAUCGGCUUGGUCGCCUUGCCAUUCGAUAUGAUUGGCGACUUUAAGAAUCGUCCACAACGUAUACCAUAUGACAAAUAUUUGGAAAGAAAGAAGAAGAUUGGUGAACGUGCCACUGAGUUAGUGGAGAUCGGCAAGACCAUCCAGUCACGUACAUCGGGUGGCAUCAUGAGCAAACGUGAUAGAAAGAAUUACAAUCGUUUCCGUCAAGCUAUUUUCUUGUUGGAGGAGGAUUACGAGCGUUUGAAGAUCUCUUACAAGAGACAAGGUGGCAAGGUCAUCUUUUACUACGCCCAGUUCUUUGGGGGCUUCGUUGCAUUGGGCGUCAGUCUUGGAUGGUUGCUUCACAUCAUCAUCUACAUGAUCACCGCACCAGAGCCAUUCCACCCAUUCUUAAACAGUUUGGUCAUUGCAUUGAACAAUGCUUGGGGUUUCCUUGGUGUCAUUGUCUAUGGUUUACUCUCAUUCUAUUUAUUGUUUUGUGUUGUCAAGGGUAAUUUCAAAUUUGGGUUACGUCUUUUCUUCCUCUUCCCAAUUCAUCCUAUGAGGGUUGGUAAUACCAUGAUGAAUGCUUUCCUCUUCAAUGUUGGUUUAAUCCUUAUCACUUCCGUCUCAAUCACUCAUUUCUGUACGAUGGCUUUCUCUCAAUUCACUUCAACAACUGCAAUCAAUUCACUCUUUGAAACUGCAGUUAAAAAUCUUAAAAUCUUAAAAUGGUUCUGGGUUGUCUACAUCUUUGGUGUCUUUGUUAUGGCUGUUCUUACUGCUAUCUUUUUAUUCAUUAAACCAAAAGAUAAACCAGCUAAAAUUCGUGUAUAA